GGCGGGCGACCGUUGAGCGGCGGGUGGGCGGGGCGUGUGUCCUGGGCGUGUGCCGCGGCCGCCGGCGGGGCGCGCUCCCGCUCCGCUGCGCUGCGCUCCCCCCGCACGCACAUUGUCCGGGCGCGGCGGCGGCACAGCGCCCCGGCGCCCGGUGCCAAUGCGGGGCGGGCGCGGCACACCGGGGGAGCCUCCGCCACCGCGGUGGAAACUUCACCUCGCCGCCGGGCCGACGCGCGGCUGAAGCCCCCGGCGGGGCCGGGCCGGGCGAGGAGGAGCGGAUCGGAUCGGCGGGAGGAGGGCGGAGGGGGGGGGAGGUGAGCCCGGCUGGGGAGCGCCUCGUCUUGUUUGAUUUUCCUCCGUUGGAAGAAAAAAAUAAACAAUAUUAUUGCCCUGCUUUAAACUUCCGCGCCCCACUCUCCAGGACGCGCAUCCCGCCUGGCGGGGUGGACGAGCCGGGGGACUUGAGCCAUCCCCAGACAAGAGGACCCUAAUUUCUCUGCAGGGCUGGUUAGCCAUCCAGAGGGUGGGUGCUCCUGGAAGUCCUGAGCUGGGGUUGGCUGGAAGAUGACUGAAUAUAAGCUGGUGGUGGUGGGAGCUGGUGGUGUUGGGAAGAGUGCUUUGACGAUACAGCUCAUUCAGAACCAUUUCGUUGAUGAGUAUGACCCCACGAUAGAGGAUUCCUACAGAAAGCAAGUCGUCAUUGAUGGAGAGACCUGCUUGUUAGACAUCUUGGAUACCGCAGGGCAAGAGGAGUACAGUGCCAUGAGAGACCAGUACAUGAGGACAGGGGAAGGAUUCCUCUGCGUGUUUGCCAUCAACAACACCAAGUCCUUUGAAGAUAUUCACCAGUACAGGGAGCAGAUCAAGAGGGUGAAAGACUCAGAUGAUGUUCCCAUGGUGCUGGUGGGAAAUAAAUGUGACCUCCCAGCACGGACAGUGGAAACCCGGCAAGCGCAGGACCUGGCCCGGAGUUACGGAAUCCCCUACAUAGAAACAUCUGCCAAAACCAGACAGGGCGUUGAAGAUGCCUUCUACACCUUGGUGCGGGAGAUCCGUCAGCACAAGCUGCGCAAGCUGAAUCCCCCAGAUGAGAGCGGCCCUGGCUGCAUGAACUGUAAAUGUGUGAUAUCGUGACUACGCUGACUGGACCGUGUCUUGGAGAGGUUCCCACUGUGCAGUGCGCAAGGAAAGAGGUGAAGCGAAGGAAGAAGCAUACGGAUUCAGAGGAGGAGUAUAGGGGGAGAGGAAGAGGAGGAGGAAGAGGACAGGGGGAGCAUGAGCCCCUCCAAGGACUAUCUCGCACUUCACCCAAGCCUGCGGCAAGCAACUUUUUUUCUGUUGUUUUUCUUUCCUCAUCCCCUCCUCCUUUGGCCUCCUCCCACCCCGGCAACUGUACAAAGCCACAGAUUGAAUCACAGUAAAUUAUUAUUUGAUGGUCUCGACAAACCUU